GGUGCCUGCCGGGAAGCGUAGUCCGCCGGCGACCCCGGUGCCGGUCCCGUUCCCGAAUGGCGGCGGCAGCGCGGCGGCUGUUCUCGCUGCUGCUGCUGCCGCUGGCUUGGACCCGGCCGGCGGGCUGCACCGACCCGCCGGGCGGCGGCUGGCUGGCGGGCACGGUGCCGGAGGAGGAACGGUGUACCGUGGAGCGGGCCGACGCUUCCCUCACCUACUCCCUCUUCCUGCAGCGGUUCGCCUUUUCCCGGCCGGUCAUCCUCCGUGGGGUCACGGACAACUCAGCUUUCCGUGCCCUCUGCACCCGGGAGAAGCUGCUGGCGGCCUUCGGGGCCUGCCCGGUGCGGCUCAGCACGGCCAACACCUACUCCUACCGCAAAGUGGAUGUGCCCUUCCAGGAGUACGUGGAGCAGCUGCUGAAGCCGCAGGAUCCGGCCAGGCUGGGCAGCGACACCCUCUACUUCUUCGGGGACAACAACUUCACCGAGUGGGGCCCCCUCUUCCAGCAGUACGUGUCCCCUCCCUUCAGCAUCCCGGGCACCAGCCCUGCCUACAGCUUUGGGAUUGCAGGCUCCGGCUCUGGUGUUCCCUUUCACUGGCAUGGCCCCGGUUACUCAGAGGUGAUCUUUGGCAGGAAGCGCUGGUUUCUGUACCCGCCGGAUAAAACACCCCACUUCCACCCCAACGAGACAACGCUGGCCUGGCUCCACCGCACGUACCCUGCGCUGCCGCUGGCUGAGCGGCCGCUGGAGUGCACCCUCCGCCCCGGGGAGGUCCUGUACUUCCCUGACCGCUGGUGGCACGCCACACUCAACCUGGACACCAGCGUCUUCAUCUCCACCUUCCUGGGGUAGAGCCAGCAAGGCCGAGGAUGUGCCACCGUCAUCCUGGCUGUGCCGCAAUCCUGGCUGCGGUGAGAGCGUGCCGGGGCGGCAGCUCCGGCUCCUGCCACCACCAGGGAAGGGCAGAGCUAGCAGCCACCCACUCAACUACUGGUGUCGGGACCAAGUGCCUGAAAAAGUUCUGUUUUUUACUGGUCUUUUCCCUCCCCCUUGGAUUAAAGUUGGUUUUCUGCCAUAGCUCAUUGUGUAUUGCUACUUCCCCGCCACUACCAGAGUGCAGGCAGGACAGGCAGCAGUGAGCCCCAGCCCAUAGGGGCAGGCAAACCCACUCCUCAUGGGUGGCACUGGUUCCCAAGCCAGGACAGUGCCUGCCCAGUGCAGAGACUGCCACUGUGAACCACUCUAGCUCUUUUUUCCACAUUUAUUGCUGAAAUCUUUUUUUAUUUUUAUAUAUAUUUUUUUUUUUUUUAAUUGACAUUGGCAAACUUCCAGAGGGCACUCAGAAGCCAGGCAGGCUGUCAGCCGACCAAAACGCUGGAGUCUCAGUCGAACGCAGAUUUGUUGGUUUUGGUGUGGUUUUGUUUUUUUUUUUUUAAAGGGAUUUCAAUAAAAGGAAGAAGAACUUCAA